CUGACUUCCCCUUCUCUCAUAAAAAAAAAAAUAGCGUUGACAUGACAGCAACAUCAGCAACUAUGGCUUACUGCUCUUCCUCCUCUCUAAACCCAUCACUUCUCUUCUCUAACCCUAACACUUUACCCCAAAUUCCUACAUUAUUUACACUUUCUGCUAUCCGUUCACCCCAAUUACGAUUUUACCCUCUAUCCAGCACUCACCGGAGCUCCGUUCGCCGGUUACCGGUAGUAUCGGGAACCCUAACGGUUGACUCUCCGACCUCGUACGCCGGCGAUAAACACGGGAAGAAGCUUCUUCUAGAAGUUAAGGAUCUCACCGCUGUUAUUGCCGAAUCUCAGCAGACCAUUCUUAAUGGCGUUAAUCUCACUGUUUUUGAAGGAGAGGUUCAUGCAAUCAUGGGAAAGAACGGUUCUGGGAAGAGUACAUUCUCAAAGGUUCUUGUUGGUCAUCCAGACUAUGAAGUUACUGGAGGGACCAUGAUUUUUAAAGGUCAAGACCUACUUGAGAUGGAUGCAGAGGAAAGGUCUCUAUCAGGUUUAUUUAUGAGUUUCCAGUCACCAGUUGCAAUUCCUGGAGUGAGCAAUGCAGAUUUUCUUAAUAUGGCAUAUAAUGCUCGACAAAGAAAACUUGGUCUUCCAGAGUUGGGUCCAAUAGAGUUCUUCAGCCAUGUAUAUAGCAAGCUUGAUUUGGUGAACAUGAAGAUGGAUUUUUUGAAUAGAAAUGUUAAUGAAGGAUUUAGUGGUGGAGAACGGAAGAGGAAUGAGAUUUUACAACUUGCGGUUUUGGGGGCUGACUUGGCUAUAUUAGAUGAAAUUGACUCUGGGUUAGAUGUCGAUGCUCUCCAAGAUGUAGCAAAAGCAGUUAAUGGUCUUCUGACGCCAAAUAAUUCUGUGUUGAUGAUCACUCAUUAUCAGCGUCUUCUAGAUUAUAUCAAGCCUGCUUAUAUACAUAUUAUGGAAAAUGGAAGAAUUGUGAGGACUGGAGACAUAUCUCUCGCAUCAGAAUUGGAAAAGGGAGGGUACAAGGCAAUAACAACUGCAUAAACAUUGUUCAAAUGAUUUGACUCUGAAAGGUCAGAACUGCAGCUCUUCAGCUUCAGUGACAAAUCCAGUACCAGCUGAUACCUGAUGUGCACAACUACUGCAGAAGUGAUCGCUACAUGAUCAGGUUUCUAAGGCUGAAAAUUUUGCAUAGGACCUGUUGCUGUAAUACCGAUAUAAUUUACUUGUAUGGCAGUGGCUUCUUUUUGCUGCUAUUGGAGGCUUAUUGGUCUGGUCCACCUUUAGAUGUUAAAUUCUUUUUUUUUUUUUUUUGCAUGUAGUACUGUAAAUUGUAUUUCAUAUUAAAGAGAUAACGUCACAGAUAUUAAUCUGUUUCUCCACUUUUCUAAGUUCACAUUUCCUGUUACUCAAUCAUUAAGCGAGCCUUGUAUUAAGGAACCUUGUGGUUUAGUGGGGGUAUGCCCAUUGCCUAGUGUGGAUGAACAAUGCUGAAACUUUUUAUUGAAAGAAAAUUUACAAUUGCACCUGAGUUGUGUAAGGUUCUAAUCUGAGACAAUGGUAUUGAGUUUGUAAUUUACGGAAAAUUUAAUGUUAAAUACCUAUAGACUAUAGCAAGUACUA